UAGAAUGAAAUUUGCCAGUUCCUGAUUGUUGGAAAUAUUGAAUAGUUAGUAUUUAAACAAUGCUAACAUGAUGACGCAUCAUUAUGUAAUUUUAAAUCAGAAUACAAUCUCUUAUCACGUUGAUAAGAGAAUGUUACUUUAAACAUAGGGUUUUACGACUGGAAAGUAAGGUUAAUUGCAUACGUGUUACGGAAUAAGAAAAACAGUGUGACACUAUGGCAAACAAAUCCUGGAAAGUAUUGGUGACGGGAGGUGCUGGGUACAUUGGUUCUCAUACAGUAUUGGAACUGUUACAAGCAGAUUUUGAGGUGGUGGUAAUAGACAAUCUUAGUAAUGCUUAUAAAGAUGAUAAUAACAUAAAACCAGAAUGUAUAUUAAGAAUAGAAAAAUUAACAAAUAAAAAAAUUGUAUUUAUUCAAUGUGAUAUAACAAAUUUGAAUGAAUUACGAGACAUAUUUAAGAAGCAUAAGUUUCAUUCUGUUAUACAUUUUGCUGCAUUAAAAGCAGUGGGUGAAUCUUGUGAAAAACCAUUAGAAUAUUAUAAAACGAAUGUUUGUGGGACAUUAAAUUUAUUAAAAGUUAUGAGAGAUUUCAAUGUGAAAUGUUUUAUAUAUUCAAGUAGUGCUACAGUUUAUGGUAUUCCUGAAAAGUUACCAUUAGUUGAAAAUAUGAAAACUGGUAAUUGCACUAAUCCUUAUGGAAAAACAAAAUACAUGGUUGAAGAAAUUUUAAAAGAUUUGUGUACUUCAAACCAGGAAUGGUCUAUUAUAUCUCUAAGAUAUUUUAAUCCAGUUGGAGCUCAUUCUUCUGGACAAAUUGGAGAAGAUCCUAAUGGAGUACCAAAUAAUUUAAUGCCAUACAUUGCUCAAGUAUCUGUGGGCAAAAGAGAAGUUUUAUAUAUUUAUGGCAAUGACUAUGAUACUCCUGAUGGAACAGGUGUCCGAGAUUAUAUUCAUAUAACAGAUUUAGCUGUGGGUCAUGUGAAAGCAAUGAUUUAUCAAAAAAUUCGUAACUCUGCUGGAUUUAAAGUGUUUAACUUAGGUACUGGAAAAGGCUAUUCUGUACUAGAAGUUAUACGAGCAUUUGAAAAAGCAUCAGGGCAAAAGAUACCAUAUAAGAUAGUUGAACGUAGAGCAGGAGAUAUAUCUGCUAGUUAUGCAGAUGCUAGUUUAGCUAAUAAAGAACUAGGUUGGCAAGCUACCAAAAAUAUAGAUGAUAUGUGUUUAGAUACAUGGAAAUGGCAACAAAAUAAUCCAAAUGGUUAUAAACGCUAGUAAUAAUUGUUGAAAUAUUCAUUAUAGAAAAAUGUUAAAUAUUUUAAACAGAAUAUUUCAUUUAUAUGUAUAUGUAUAUAUAUAAUUGAAUUAUAUACAUAUAUAAUUCAGUUAUUUUAAACAUAAGCCAUGGUGGUAUCUAGUUACCAAAGUUUAAACCAAAGUCUGAAUAUAUAUGCAUAUUUAUUUUACAUGUCACAAAUCCCAAACUUUUAUAUUAAAAAUCAGUAAAUGAUUUUCUGGAAAAGAAUUUUUAUAGUUAAUAUUAAAUUACUGUGCCAUAAGACAUAUGUUUCUGUUAUUAUAAAGUGAUUGUCUAUUAAUAGAAUAAUUUUGAGAUAUUAAAAGGUUUUAAAACCUUUUUGUUAAAAUGAAUGUUUUAUUGAUAAUUGAUAAAUAUAAUUACAAUAUUGUCAAUAAUAAUAUCUCGACUAUUGAUUAAAGAUAAAAUAGAUCUAACACACAAUUUUUAUCUGUACUGUUUUAAAUUUUAAAUUACAUAAGAUACACAGUAGGAUCUUUUAUAAUUGCAGAUCAAGUAUAGAAUUCUAUAUUGAUUAAAAAGUGAUCCAAUCUAUCUUUAAAAAAUAAUAUCAUUAUUCCUUAGUCAAUGCUACUACAUAUUAAAUAUAUAAACAUAUAAAAGAAGAAAAUUGUGAUUCCAACUAAACAGAUACAAAAGAUUAUAAAUAAGUCCUUUUAAUUAGUUUUUUGUGCAAAAAUUUGAUCGAGUCAUAAAUAUUGAAACACUAUCACCACAUAGUGGUGAAACGGUGGAAUUAAUCUAAACUUGUCUACAAGCAAACAGAGUGUUACCAUCUAUUGUAUUCGUUAAAAAACAUUGACUAGAUUUUUAGUCAAUGUUAAAAUCAAAACCGCAAAAGAUUACUGGGAUUCAAUAUUAUAUAUCGGAAUAUAAUCAUAAUCGAAGGAAUAGUUAGCAAAUUAAAAAAAUAGUACGACAUGAAAAAUAUUGAAUGUGAAAUCUAUUCUAUGCCUCACCUGUAGUUUCAGCUAGAAAAUAGGUAGCGGUAGUACAAUAAUUUUCUGCAAGAGAGGUUAUAUAUUGUUUCUUUUUAAGCGGAUAAUUAUUUUCUAUAACAAUGACAUCUGUCAAAGAUCCAUUAAGAGAAGAUGUUCAAAUUGAACAAUCUUAUAUGGAAAAUUCAGCAGAUCAUAAUUCAAGAUGUGGAUCGCCAAAACGAGGAACUACGCUUUCGACAAGCACAAGUAGCUUCGAAGCAUUGGAUCCCCAUGAUCCAAAUCUUAGUCGUUUAGCUAAUACGAUGUUUCAAAAAACUGGUGAAUAUUUGCAAGAAGAACUCACUUCCACUCAUGCCGAUUACCGCUUAUUAGAACGCUUAAACAAAGAAACUAUUGCGAAAUAUACCGAAUUAAAGACAAUAUCCUCUAGUGUAGCGCAAUCUUUGGAUUCCUUAAACGAAAAAUAUAAAAAAUUACAGCCAAUUUUAGAUAACAUUAAUGAAAUUGACGAUAGUGUAACCAAGUUGGAACAAGCUGCAUAUAAAUUGGCAGCGUAUUCAAAACGAUUAGAAACGAAGUUUAAGGACAUUGAAAAAGAUACCAAAAACAAGUAGAACAAAAAAUUGAUCAAAACUAAAAAUAUAUAUAAUUAAUUCAAACAUGUAUUAUUUAUUGUCCAAAUAUGAAAAUUAAUAUCAUAUUUCUUAUAAUAAAGGUAAGAAAUAAAAAUAGUCGUUAUUUUUAAUUUUUAUAAUUAACUACAUUAGAAUACAGUCUCACACAUACAUUUUUUUUUAUCAAGAUUCUGUAAAAAUGUGUUGUGUGUUCUUUCUCUUAUAUCACAUAAUAUGUAUCUAAUUUUAUAUAUAUAUAUUAUAUUCUACUUAUAAAUCUACCUGUUAUUUUCUAUGUAAAAAAUAUAAGAUACAAUUAUGGAAGUUGCUAGAAAAUAAUAAAUAUGAAGUAAUUUGUAACAGGAAUAAAAGCCAAAAAUAAAUAUUCUUAUGUAUAACAAAAAAUAUAACUAUAAUAUAUCAAUAGAUUCAAAAAUAAAAAUCUUCGUUAGUAUACAAUCUAAUUGAACUCUGUAUCAAUUGUACAUAAUACAAAUCUUUUUUUAUAAUUGUAUAUUAGAUAGACAUGCAUGUAUGUAUAAUAUUGUAUCAGCAUAUCGUUUUUCAAUAGAAAUUUCAUUUAGGUGCAGUAAUUUAUUGUAUUACUGAAAUAUAUAUUAAAUAUAAUUAGGUAGUACAUGCAGCAAAUUUAAGUCUCUUAUUAAUUGAAAUUCCUAUUAUUUUCGUCUCAAAUAUUUAUUAAUGUAGCAUCAAUUUUUUAAAUGUACGUUCGUAUCUCAAAUUGUUUGCUUCAUUGUGAUAAUUUAUUUCUAAAAUAAUAACUGUACUGAAAAUAUAAAGCAUGAAUUUUUUUUAAAAACGUGUCACAAUAUUGAAUUUUUCAUUUUUCAAAUCUAAAUUAUAACCAAUAAAAUUGGUAUGUCCCAGAGCUGAAUUGCUCGUUAUUAAUAUUAUUUGUGAUAUUUAACAAUCCAGGAAAUUUCCAGCCAUCAAUAAUUCUAAUGCAAUUUCAGGUGCAAUAGGGAAUUCCGGUAUUUCUGUGCUGCUAUUUGUAUAACGUACUUUGUAUGUAAAAUACAUGCAAACUUUUUGCAAUACAUGAGACGGGAUUUCUCGAAAAUUAACUUCGUUGGCUUCAUUUUCUGCAAACUGUCCAGGUCCACUUAGCAUAGCUUUUAUUGUUCCACUGGUUAAUGCAUGUUCACGUUUAACAAUAAAUUCAUGUCCAUCACUGCUGACAAGUUUUACGUACAUUGCAUUUGGUCCUUCACAACCGCCAUAUACAAUUCCACUUUCUUGAAUAUUUUUUUUUUAAAUUGAUAUCUUCGUUUAUAACUGAAUACGAUUUGUCACAAUACCAUUGUAUCUUGUAUAUUUCUUUGUGUUCUUUAAGGUUAAUUUUUGCUGCAUCACUUUACUGAAAAAGAAAACUGUACAAAUUUUGUUCACAACAACGUUUCUUAAUAAGCGCAAUGGCAAUUAAUAUGGCUGCCGGUGAUAUUGUGUAAGUCUCGAUAAAUCGAACCUACUUCAUCUUCAAUUUGAUUUAUUCUACGAUUGGGCGAAGAAAAAUUAGUGCGCAGAAAUCUAUAAAAUGUAUAUGGUUUUAAUAUAAAACCUGUAGUUUUUGUGUAUUUUAUUUAUAUAAAUAUCUUUAUUCAGAACGACAAUUCAGUUUUUCACUUCACCACUAACCUUUUCAAAUUUCAUAUCAUGGAAACAGUUGAGUCUGGCUAUUCGAGAACAGUGGAAGAAGUGCAAGAAAGCUUAAAAUUAGCUGUUAUUAAAGAAUCUGAUUUGCAAAAGGUAACGCAAAUUUUAUAUACCACAGAAGAACCUAAUGUGGAAGAGCAUAUAAAACUGUUAGAACUUGAUGAUCAUUUACUAGAAACAGUAAAUAAAGGAGAUAGGGUACUGAAGAAGAUCUUGUGGUAUUAUGCACAAAAUAUCGAACAUAUGAUAUUAAAGAGGCAGAAACAUCUAAUUCUUAUUUGUUAGUACCAAAAUUAAAUUUAUCUGAACAGUCAAAUGUAGAUUCAAACCAAACAAUAGAAGGUCGUAAUAUUUCUGGGAUUUUUCAUACAUAUUAUGAGGUAAAACAGUGCAGACCUAAAUUGGAAAAAUUACUUAAUGUACUUGAGCCUACAUCUUUUAAAGGAAUAGAAUAUGAAUCGUCAAUAUCUCAUGAACUUUUGUACGAUUGGCAAAGAUUAAAAAAUGAAAUACAAGCCAGUGAAGCUGAAUUAAUUCAGGCUUUGAAUGAUUAUUUAAUAACCAAUAUUGAUGGUUACUUUCGUCUCAUAUCAUUUGAAUUUGAGGCUCGAAGCUUAACACUUAUGUUAGAUCUUUUUGAGGAAAAUAGUUGGGAAAUAGAUGAAGUAGAUAAAGAAAUUACAUAUGAAUUUUUAAAAGAACUUAUUUACAAACCUGUUUUCAAUAUUUUAUUUACAAAAUAUACAGAAAUAAGUGAAAAAUCAAAGAAGGAUGGAACAUCAUUAUACAGAUAUAAUGAAGAAAAAUGUUGUAAAACUUUAGCAAAAGUACUAUUUAUUGCUUCUCCAGUAACUGAAUACAAACAGUUCAUGAAAUCAUGGAAUAUUGGUACACCUGAAAAAAUAGAACCAAAAGAAAAAUAUUUAUAUGGAAUUGCACUUGUUAGAUGGAAUAACUUAAUGGAAAAAGAAAUAGUGUCUUUUCCAGAAACUGAUUUGCCAAUAGACGUUGAUGAAAGAUUUAAUAAACUUUUUAAAGCAAAAAAGAAAUGGACAGUUCAAGAAAUAACACCCUAUAUAAUAAAUUUAACAACAAAUAAAAUGAAUGUUAAUGCUCUUCUAACUAAAUAUGCUAGAUCUUCAAUUAUUAACGGUAUUAAGUAUUACAGCUCAAAAUAUGAUAAAUAAUUGAUUAAAAUUACUCAUUCUGUUGAAAUCAUUCUUAUUGUUUAUUAUUUUACUUAUGGUCAUAAUACAUAGUUACAUUUACACAAUUUUAUAAAUAUUUUUUAAAUAUUACAUACUGCGUUUAUUCUUAAUCUUUACCACCUAACUGAUAACAGUAACAGGAUCAGUGAUAGAAUAUUUUCGUCCCAAUAUCUAUUUUUUCUUUUUUUGUAAAUUAUAUUUUCAAGAACAAUUAUCCAUACUAACAAUUAUAAAUAAUUUAUCUAUUUAUUAUUUCAUUACAAAGUUCGAAAAUUUGUAUAAUAUAACUGUAAGAGAAUUUUAGCUGUAAAGCUAAAAUAAAUUAGGCUUUUAUUUUGAAGAUGACUUAUGUACAUAGAAAUAAUUGAAUAAAUUUAAUGGAAAAAAAUUUUUAAACAUAUCCGAUGUAGCAAUCGAUUUUUUUCACGAAGAUAAAUAAUUUUCAAACUUUUUCAUCACGUGUUUCGUAAAGAAUAAUUUCAUUCUAAAAAAUCUUAUGAUUUUAUUAUAUCAUUAUAUAUUAUGAUAUUCGUCAUGAUAUUCUUACGAUAAUUACAUAUUAUAUGAAGAAAUUAUAAAACAAAAGAUAUACUUUAUAUAAUAUUAUAAUAAUGAAGACAAUAUAAACAUGCACCACGAGAUAUAUCAAUUUUUCAACAGAAUUCUGAUAAAUAAGUAAUUAUAAAUUGUAGAAUUCAUUUGUGUCAAGUAUUAAAAAUAUGCACAUAAUAAAACACUUGUGAAAUUUCUAAAAAUAAUACUCAAUUAUCAAUAUUAUUAUUAAAUGAUAUUAAUUUUGAGUAUUUAUUUACAUAUACUUAAUGCAAUUCUAGAGAAAAGUAUUUGAUAUUUUCGAUGCAAUAGUAGUGUCAAAUGACAUAACUAUGAAUAAAUAUAAAUUCCUGGGAUAAUACAUUAAAAUAUCACUGUAUAUUUUUUUGUGUUAACAGCAAAAUUUGUUUAUAUUAGAUAAACACAUUUUGGCACAUUAAUAUUCAAAAUUAUGGUUACUGUAAGAUAAUGAAUAAUAUAAAAAUUGAUCAAUAACCAUGAAAAUUAAUUUUAAUUUAACGAGAAACUAAAUUUCCCCAGGAACGUACAAAAUAAUAAAUGUAUAAAAAUGGAAUAUUUUAUAUUUAUGGAAUAUUUAAUAGAUAAAUAAAUGCUGUGUAUGUUCUUUGCGUGUCA